AUGGACAGCCCUCGCUUCGCCAGCUCUAAUGCAGCCCAGGAGCAGGACACUCCGGCACCGAAUGUCGUGCCUGCCAACGAGUACUACUCCAGCUCAAACUACAUCUCCCGCCACAGAACCCUCGGCAGCUCAAGGAAGCCUGCAAGCAUCCACAGCCCCAACGACCCAAUGGCACAUUCCGAGGCAGCGACAAAGUACAGGCGGCCACGGCGAGGUUCACAUGACGACAAGGCCACCAAGCCACGACGCUUCCUCAUCGACGUUGAUGAGACCCAAAAGCUGAUUCUGGAGCAGGAGGACACGGAUGGCGACUUUCAGAUCACCGUCAACGAUGUCGGUCCCAAGGUCAUCACCCUCGGUACUGCAGACUCUGCUGGAUUCAACAAAUACGACAUCCGCGGCACCUACAUGCUCAGUAACCUCCUUCAGGAACUGUCGCUUGCCCAGGACUAUGGACGCAAAUACGUCGUUCUGGACGAGGCUCGCUUGAACGAGAACCCCGUCGAUCGCCUCUCUCGCAUGAUUAGACAUCAUUUCUGGGACGGCCUCACACGCCGCAUCGACUCAGAGGGACUGGAGCUGAUAGCCAACGACCCCAAGAACAGAUCCAAGAACACUGCGCCCAGAAUCUACAUUCCAUUUGGCGAGGACGAGGUCCUGGAGUACUACAAGAAUGUCAGUGUGCAGAAGCCCCAUCUUAAGCUCGACGUUGAGCAGCUGCCCGAGGUGAUCACCCCGAAGUAUGUCCAGUCCAUCAACGAUAAGCCAGGAAUCCUCGCUUUGGCCAUGACAAAGUUCACGAACGACGAGGGCCAAGAGACCUUGAAGGGUGUUCCAUUUGUUGUUCCUGGAGGUCGAUUCAACGAGAUGUACGGAUGGGAUUCAUACUUUGAAUCUCUCGGAUUGCUGGUCGACGGUCGUCUCGAACUGGCCAAGGGCAUGGUCGAUAACUUUGUCUACGAGAUCAAGCACUAUGGCAAGAUCCUGAACGCCAACCGCAGUUACUACCUCACCAGGACUCAACCUCCGUUCCUGACCGACAUGAUUCUCAAGGUCUAUGAUCGCCUCCCUUACAGUCUCGAGAUCGAGAACAAGCAGUGGCUCGCUGUUGCUUUCACGGCGGCGAUCAAGGAGUAUCUCACCGUCUGGAUGUCUCAGCACCGCUAUGAUCCCGAGUCAGGAUUGUCGCGCUUCUACAGCGAGGGUAUUGGAAUGCCUCCAGAGACUGAGGCUACCCAUUUCGACCAUGUCAUUAAGCCAUACGCUGAUCGCAAGGGAGUCUCUGUUGAGGAAUACAGCCGACUUUACAACGAGGGCUUGGUAGACGAGCCCCAGCUGGAUACCUACUUCAAGCACGACCGUGCUGUGCGUGAAUCAGGACACGAUACCACCUACCGGCUCGACAAUUGCGCUGCUGAUAUUGCCACCGUCGAUUUGAACUCGCUCCUUUAUAAGUACGAGAUGGACAUUGCCGAGACCAUCCAGUCGAUCUUUGGCGACUCUUUCGAGACACCCUACUUUGCGUCGUAUGAUACCUCGUUAUCGACCGACCAUCCCGAGACUAUUGUGCAUACCUCUGCAGAGUGGUUCGAACGUGCCCGCGUUCGCCAGGAGAGAAUCAACAGGCUCUGCUGGAACGAGGAGCGCGGAAUGUAUUUUGAUUACGAUACCCGUCUGAAGGCCCAAGGAACUUAUGAGAGCGUCACGACCUUUUACACCAUGUGGUCAGGACUCGCCGAUCGCGAAAAAGCAGAAAAGAUGAUGGUUAACGCCUUGCCUCUCUUUGAAGUCACUGGUGGAUUGGUCUCUGGAACAGAGUCAUCGCGUGGUACGAUUACCCUCUCCCGCCCUAACCGUCAAUGGGAUUUCCCCUUUGGCUGGGCGCCUCACCAAAUCAUGGCCUGGAUUGCCUUUGAAAAGUACGGAUUCAUGGACGAAGCCAAGCGAACCUGCUACCGUUGGCUGUACACCAUCACAAAAUCAUUUGUUGACUUUAACGGCGUGGUGCCUGAGAAGUUUGAUGUUGUGAACAUGACUCACCGGGUCCAGGUCGAGUACGGCAACGUUGGCUUGGACUUCAAGUUUAUUCCUCGUGAAGGAUUUGGAUGGAUGAAUGCCAGUUACCAAGUCGGUCUGGGUUACAUGGAUCGUGGCCUUCGCCGUGCACUGGGAGCUGUGAUGGACCCCUGCAAGGUGUUCAAAGGCAGGGCAUUAGCUGUUGAGAAGUCACAACAGAACAACACCAACGAGAGCAUUGCCACUCAGCCUCCAGAUGUGACUACACGCCUCGUCCGCCCCAACUCGCUCCGGAGAGUGUAA